GCUUCUUCCAUAUUCCGCAACAGACUUUCGCGCAACAGACCUCCCGUUCCAUAUCGCGCGCCGACCUUCGGCUCUCUGAAGAAAAGUAGUCGUCAGAUAAUGUUGAUUGGUAAAAAUUAUCAGCAUGAUAUCAUCAGCAACCUUCAUGAAAGUUUAAAGCAAAACAUCUUAAUGUAUUUGCCAUUAAAAGAUGCAGCAAGAACUAGUGUACUGUCAAGAAAGUGGAAGGAUAGUUGGACUAAGCUUCCACACCUUAAACUUGAUGAGACUUUGUGGCAAGGACCAAAUGUUGGUGACUAUGAAUUUGCGUUACUUAAAUUUCUUAAAAGCCUCUUCCAUGUUGUACUUUGUCAUAAAGGUCCUAUCACCAAGGUCACACUCUCAAUUCCGGGGAUUAAAAUUUAUCCAGAGAUUGACAGGUUACUGUCCAUCCUAUCAAAAAGAAAUGUUGAGGAACUUGUGCUUCGUGUUUGCAAUGGCGAGUACAGAUUGCCCUCUUCGUUUUUUGGAUGCCGAAAGUUGAAACACAUGACACUUGAUUCGUGUUUGGUUCACCCACCUUGUGGCUUCACUGGAUUUAGGGAACUUGUCUCCAUUGAAAUGUUGGAGGUGACUAUUUGUUCUGAAAGACUUGCAAGUCUUAUUUCUUGCUGCCCUUUACUUGAACACCUGAAACUAAAAGGCUGUUACACUUACGAUGCUCUUGAGAUACAUGCUCCUAGACUUAGGUCCUUUGAGCUUUUAGGUAUCUUGGAAUCUGUUUGUUUCAAGAACACCCCGCUUCUGGAAAAAGUUGUAAUUCGUGCAGAUGACAUGGGUGGGUGUAACACACACUGGAACUCUAGCUUUGAUGAGUUUUUCAGUUCUCUACCGAUGCUUAAAUAUCUGGAUUUCGAUUAUGACUACAUGAAGCGUGUAGCUGGAGGUGGAGCCCCAACUAGACCUAGUUUUGCUGCUGCAGUCCAUCUUAACAUUCUAUUUCUUGGAGGGAUUUCAUUAGAGGAUCUGCAUGAGAUGCUAUGUGUAGUUUUUGUGAUAGGGAUCUCUCCAAAUCUGCAAGAAAUACAAAUCAACCUUGCGGACGACAUUGAUGAUUUUGCAAGUUCUGAGGAAAGCUCCAUUGUCAAAUUGUUGGGCCUUAAAGAAUACUCAUACAUAAAACUGGAUCACUUGAGGAUUGUUACUUUCUUGAACUUUUCUGGGACAAGGAAUCAAAUGGGACUUGCAAAGUUUCUGCUAAUGAGAUCCCCUAGGCUCAAGAAUUUGCUAAUUUCAAGCGAUGCUAAUCUAUCCAGUGAAAGAAAUUUUUAUAUUCUGAAAGAGCUCAGUCGAUUGGAGCGUUCUUCACCAAGUGCCAAGCUUAUUUAUGAUUAGGUGAGAAAAGAGCUAUUAUAUCCAUUAGAUGUCUCUGAAUUUUCUGGAAACCAUUGUGCCAAAGAAAAGAGAGAUAGUGUGCCAAUCUCAUAAAAUGUUGCCGCAAUUUAUCAUAUAUAGUACAAAAAAAGGAGCAAGUAUUCCAUAGUAGAUUUUCAAUAAUUUAGACAUCUUAAGUAAAAAAAGCCAAAAUGGUUCGGAUUGACUGUAAUAUUAGAGUAAAUUUUCCUUUUUGAGAGCAACUUGAAGGGGAAUAAAUGCAAUGCAUUCUUAAAAUAUAUUUUAUUGCUCUGAAGUUUUUUGUUUUUUCUUUAAAAUAGCAAUCCCCAAAAUCUUUCUUAGUUUGGAUAGUGUGGUCUAUUGUUGGGCUCAAAUGCCUGGUCUUGGCUCUUGACUAAUGACUUGUGAUACCAAACAAUAGUGCCUAUUUAAAACUUAUACUUGAUGGUGGUAUACUGGUAAUUAAGUUAGGUUGGUGUUAAUAUAAUUGUAAAACAUGUCUAUGCAUUGAGUAAUACGGAGUACUACCUCCGUUCUGUUCUGUUUAAAUGACACAAUUAUUUAGACAAUAACUAAAUACUCCGUAAGAUAAUUCGAGUAUGUUUUGAGAAAUGAUUUUGAUAGGUAUAUAUAAUACAUUGAGGUUAAUGGUGAUAACUGUGAUGUAAUAGAUGUAUCAUUCAUAUGGAAAAUCAUAUUGAAAUGUCAGACCCAUCCCUCAAUUGACUACAAUUGCAGCAAUUUGGACAAUUGAGGGGUGUCAUAUACAAACUCAAAAAUAUGGGCUGACAUUUCAAUGUGGUGACUAUUUUAGAGACUAAAAGUGUGUUUUUUCCUUGUUAUUUUAAUAUUUGAUGAUUAGAUUGUCAUUUAAGAGUGUUAUUGUUUCUUAAAAUAGAAAUGAGAACUUUUAUAUAGGACGUCCAAAAAAGGAAAGUAAGAACAUUUCUUUGGAACACAGGGAGUAUAAUUUAAAGGCUAAAGGGUCAAA